AUUCCUAAGUCGAGGCCAUCUAUGUAUACGUCUGUAUAAGAUUCCCCCAAACCAAACCCUCUCUCAUCAUCAAAAGAAAAAUCUUUCUGCAAAAGAGAUACAAUCAUGUCCGCCGGGAACGCCACUAGCGACCCUAACGCGGCCGGCGGUAGCAAUAAACAAUUCUUUUGCCACCAAUGUAACCGCACCGUCAUCGUGACUGUCUUCCCAUCCACGGACAUUUGCUGCCCUCUUUGCAACGGAGGCUUUAUCGAAGAAUAUGAAAACCCUAACCCAGCGUCUGCAUACCCAAAUCCCGCUUCAUACAUCAGCCCUUUUCCUGAAUACUUUAACCCCUUAUCCGUUUCACCGGCCAACUUUCUCCAGCUCCUCUUAUCAUCCACCUCCCCAAUGACAUCAUCAUCCUCUGGCAGUGGCGGCCUCCAGAACCUUUUUGGGUCGUCCCGACCAGCCCCAGGCAGCCAAGAGGGGUUUGAUCCCUUCCUAUUUAUGCAUGACUACCUGUAUAACCUACGCUCCAGCGGGGCCCGCGUUCAGGUUGUGUUCGAGAACCAGCCGUCAGAGACAGGUUUCGGGUCUGUCAAUGUUGGAGACUACUUCAUGGGGCCUGGUCUCGAGCAGCUUAUUCAGCAGCUCAUGGAGAAUGAUCCUAACCGCCGUGGCACUCCACCUGCUGCCAAGUCGGCGAUCAACUCUCUCCCUUCCGUGAAAAUAACUGGAGAGAUAAUGAACUCAGAGAUGAACCAGUGUGCGGUGUGCAAGGAUGAGUUAGAGGAAGGGACUGAAGCGAAGCAGAUGCCGUGCAAGCAUCUUUACCAUGAAGAUUGCAUAUUGCCGUGGCUCAAAAUGCACAAUUCCUGUCCUGUUUGUCGGUAUGAGUUGCCCACAGAGGAUGAAGAUUACAACCGGAGGAUGCAAGCUGGCCAUGGGAGUGGUGUUAGUAGCAGUGGUGACGAGCGGAAUUCAGGCGGCGAGAAUCGGACAAUGGAGAGGAGUUUUAGUAUAUCAUUGUCUUUGCCAUCAGGGCGUAGUGGGUCAGGUUCGGGGACAGGUGCUGGCUCUGAGACUCGAUAUGAAGAUCUGGGUUGAGAAUUCCUGCGAUGAGCAAAACCAUGGGCCUAUUUUGACGAGUCAAUGAUACAAAAGCCUUGUUGAAAGGAUAUAAAUAUAUGUAUAACACUAGAAGUCAACAUUAGUCAUUAGUUUUACAUGUACACCUUAAUUUUCACACUACUUUUCGUCUAUGAAGACUCUGGGAUUACUGCAUAGUUUUGCAGUUGUAUAAAUCCAUUUGUCCCGUCGUACUUAAAAAAGCAGUAGUCCAACCUUUUUUGGGAGGUUCAUUUUAAUGUACGUUGGUGGAUGAUGUUCAAGUUCUGUCAUCUAACUUUUCUCUGUACUUUUGUUCACAUUCCAAUUGGAGCUGACUCGAUGGCAAAAGCUACUUCGGCUAGUAGGUGGCCUUAAUACUGGGUGCAUGGUCAAUAUCAUGACUUGAGCUUCCAAUACCCUUAAAAUCUUGUAAGCCACGCCUUGUGGUAGAAAUUAGAACGAAGUUAUGCCACUUUGUUUGGCUAGAAAAAUAGGAAAAGGAUUUGUUGAGAACCCUUUUCUUUCACUUGGUUUUUUCUUGCAGGAAAGAGCUAUUGGAAAAAUGUCAUUUAAGAUAAAAUGGGGAUUCUUGGGGUUUAUAUGUAAAGGGGUGAGAUUUGAGAGAAAUACUAAUUUUCUUGUAAAAGGAUUGAGUGGCCCCUUUAAGCCACCCUUGUUGUUGUUAGUGGAAAGUGUGGAGGAAAUCCUUGGUGAGUGAAGCCAAGGUAGAGGACUAGGCUCCAAGUAGUUGGACCGAACCUCUAUCAAAUCAUUGAGCAAGCUCUUCUUCUCUACUCUCUUUAUUUUUGGUUUUGUGGUUGCAAAAAGGGGAGAAUUUUUGGAACUCCAAUUCACCCCCCUUCUUGGAGUACAUUGAGUCAACAGUAAACUCAAGAUUACCUU